AUGCCAUCUUUACCAAUCCAUCCUGCAGGAUUAAGCCAACCCAAAUUUUCUCAAUUGAAUGGUUUUGCCAGCGACUUUUUAUCUCAUCCACAACCGUUUCGACCAUACAAAGUUCCUGAAAGUGAUGAUGACGUCAAAGAUGAUCCAAAAGUCGAAUUGGAAUCCAAAGAUUUAUGGGAUUCGUUUCAUAAAUUUGGAACGGAAAUGGUUAUUACGAAAUCCGGAAGACGAAUGUUUCCACCAUUUAAAGUGAAGGUCUCCGGAUUGGAUAAGAAAGCUAAAUACAUUUUACUCAUGGAUAUCAUAGCCGUUGAUGAUUGUCGUUAUAAAUUUCACAAUAGUAAAUGGAUGGUGGCUGGUAAAGCGGAUCCGGAAAUGCCCAAGAGAAUGUAUAUCCAUCCAGAUUCACCUAGUACAGGGGAACAAUGGAUGCAGAAAAUUGUCUCGUUCCAUAAACUCAAGCUUACAAACAAUAUUUCUGAUAAACAUGGUUUUACGAUUUUGAAUUCAAUGCACAAAUACCAGCCUCGAUUUCAUCUGGUGCGGACAGACGAUGUGCUCAAACUACCAUACAGUCCAUUUAAAAGUUUUAUUUUUAAAGAAAUGGAGUUCAUAGCAGUAACGGCAUACCAAAACGAAAAGAUCACUCAGUUAAAAAUAGAUAAUAAUCCAUUUGCAAAAGGUUUUCGGGAUACAGGAGGCGGGAAGCGGGAAAAGAAGUAA